GAUGAAAUAUUUCAUAUUCCACAAGCACAACAAUACUGUAAAGGAGAAUACUAUGAAUGGAACCCAAAAUUGACAACACCGCCAGGAUUAUAUAUAACAAGUAAUUUAAUUAUAAAACCAUUAUCAUUCAUAUUUUUCAAUUACAUAAACUUAUGUUCAACAAACUUUCUUCGAGCUACAAAUAUAUUGUUUGGUAUUGGAUUAUACAAGAUAUUACGAAAAUUGAUGAUAAAUUUCCAUCCAUUUCAAGAUAGAAAUUUAAUAUCAUUUAACGCGUUAACACUAAGUUUAUUUCCUGUCGGAUGGUUUUUCAAUUUUUUAUAUUAUACUGAUUCUGGAUCAACUUUUUUUGUGUUAUGGAGUUAUUUGUUAUCUAUCGAAAAAAAAUAUUGGAUGAGUGCAUUAGUUGGAGGCAUAAGCGUGUUAUUUAGACAAUCAAAUAUUAUUUGGAAUUGUUUUAUUUUAGGCACUUCUUUAUUAGCAGUGUUAUCCGAUAGUAAUUACGAUCCAAAGAUCAAAGGAAUGUCUUAUUAUAGAGGAAUUAAUAUUAGAUCAGGAGAUAAAUCAAAUCACACGGCGGUUUUACAUAUUCCCCAAAUAUUUUAUUUCAUUUCAUUUACUACGAUAUUUUCUGCACCUAUUAUAUUAAAGUUUGAUUAUGUUGAUAGAUUAAUAACCGGUUUAUUCACACUAAAAUUUAACAGCAAUGAUAAUGAUAUUCAUCAUAAAUCAACUCACGUAUGA